GAUCUGCAUCACUUAACCGGCCUCCGUGGCAUCUCACGCAUACUACAUUGUCUGCUCCCGAAACUUAUCCCUGUAUUCUUGUUCUUUUUUUUUCUUCUUUCUUGCCUGGUGAACAGUGAGCGGGUAACGUACGACGCCAGCGCGAGUUGCGCGCUUUCUCGGCAGCAGAAAAAAAGAAAAGAAAAUCGCCGUCAUUGUUUUGCUGUUUUCCCUCUGAGCCCUCUGAAUCCCAGUGACGGCGGCGUUGAGAAGCGCCGGCGUUUCUUUCUUUCUUUCCCUUUUCUUGUUUUUUUUUUCUCUCACUCUCUUCUGCUGCUGCGCACAGCGGCUCCGCUUCUUAUGGCAUCCCGCCUCGAACCGCCAACUCUCUCCGUUUCCUCCUCAACCUGUCCGUAGCGCCCGCUGACCCUCUGUCUCUCUCUCUCUUGCUCCCCUGCUCCAGCCCUCCCUCUCCGACUUGGCCUCCCCUUUCUCGCUGGCGCGGAUGAAUUCCUGGCGGAGCGCGGGUGUCAUUCGCGUGAUGCGCUCGUCGGCGAGCGCACGCACUCUGCGAUAGACUUGCGCCGAAGAGAGAGGAGACAGCUCUCCUCGCGAUUAACCGACCCUUUUCACUCGACGCCGCCGCUAGCGGUCUCGGCUUGUGGGUGUGUGUUUCUUGCUCCCUGUGUUCGUGUGUGUAGGUGCGUGUUUUCGACUCGGUGCUUCUCCUAGGCUCCCAUCGAGGGAACGUCGUGCGACGAAGUGAUACGGCUUAUUAACGCUCGGAGAGGGGUGCCGGUGGGCCCUUGUAGUUUGUGCAUCUACCUCAGCGGGCGUCUGCGUGUUGGGAUUUAGUGGUUCGCAGUCGGUGCGGUUUCGACGCCGUCCGCUCUCCCGUGUUCCACCUGCGUUGUUCAUCGACAGGAGUCUACUCACUGCCGGAUUGUGCGGAUUGCCAUGGUCUGUGAUACCGGCCGCGCGGGCUGAAGAUCAUUGGAAACUUUCGAUUCCGUGUGUUUUGAGGGGAGGAGCGUCGCCUUCGGCCUCCCGUGGGUGAUCAGCGCCGCUGGUAGCGGCCGCAGCAGUGUCACCGCCGGCCGUGGGGGCAUGCCUCGCGAGCUGGCCGACGUGCAAGUGGUGUCCAGGAUGCCCGUGCCGUCGUCUAUGUACUCGUCGCGCUCGUCGCACCUCUACUCGUCCACGUCGUCGCUGCGAUCGACGAGCCUCGACCGGCGGUCGGCCACCCUGCGCGAAAGCUCCAGCUCGAGCUCGUCCUCCACCUCAAGCAGCAGCUACAUUUCGCGCCUGCCGCCCAGGCCGUCGUUCGAGCACCGAUCCAAGGUGGUGUCCGACCUGCCGCGCCUGUCGUCGCGCGUGGUGCUCGACGUAUCCUCGGGCAGCCGUCGCAGCCUGACGCGUCAGCGCUCGGGGGACGCCAUCUCGGACGCCGGCUCGCCCGUGCUCACCCGCUACCGGGACCUGGGCACCGACUCGCCCUCGUCGCGCGCCAGCUCGCCGGCCCGGCGACUGCUGGACGAGAACUGCAACCGCGCCUCGACCCCGACGCGCCGCUUGGAUUGGAACCACAACGUGUACAAUGGCAGCGGCGGGGGAAGCCACUCGCUGCCGCCCGACAGUCCGGGCAGGGACUCCGGCGCCUCCAUCUCGCCGGCCUCGUCGCGCCACUGGCGGAACCUCGGCUCGUCCACCAGCUCCGUGGACUCCGGAGGAUCCUCGUCGUCCGACUGCUCGCCGGGACUGAGGCGCGCCCGCAGGCUGUCGCUCACCUCGGAGGAGAGCUCAAGUGGGGUCAGUGUUGGAAGCUCAAGAUCCCGAGAUCACCUGGACAAGGCUCCACUGGGGCUUCGGAACCUUGGCAACACAUGCUUCAUGAACUCGAUAGUGCAAUGCCUGGCGCACACCCGACCCCUGCUCGAGUAUUGCCUGAAGGACGGCUAUGUCUCCGAAAUAAACAGCAGCACCUCUUCCAUGAAGGGGGCUCUCUUUGAAGCCUUCGCAACACUCAUGAAGUCAAUUUGGAGGUGCAGCAAUGGUGAAUAUGCCAUCAGCCCUCAGGCGUUUCGCAGCCAAAUACAGAAGUUUGCACCACGCUUCAUGGGCUACAGUCAACAAGACUCCCAGGAGUUCCUGCACUAUCUACUGCAAGGUCUUCAUGAGGACAUUAACCGAAUCACCUCAAGGCCAAGGCACCUUACCACGGAGAUAGAUGACAAUCUCAGUGAGUCUCAGAAAGCAGCAGAGGCCUGGAAACGAUAUCUGCGAUAUGACGACAGCAAGAUUGUGGACUGCUUCGUCGGCCAGCUGAAGAGCACGCUCAAGUGCAGUGUCUGCGGCCACAAAUCGGUGACCUUCGACCCCUUCUGGGAUCUCUCCCUCCCGAUACCCAAGAGCUCAGACCCUGUCACAAUCCAGCAAUGCCUGAGCCUUUUCACCAAAGAAGAAGUGCUCGACGGUGACGAGAAACCUACUUGCUCUCAUUGCAAGACCCGUCAGAAAUGCACGAAAAGCUUUACCAUCCACCGGUGUCCAAAAAUUCUUGUGCUUCAUCUAAAGCGAUUCUCUCCCAGUGAAAGGUUUCGGGCGAAGCUGAACACUCGUAUCGAGUUCCCACUGACGAACCUUGAUCUCUGCCCAUAUAUGUCCAACAGUCAUUAUGUGAUGUACAACCUGUACGCGGUGUCUAAUCACAGUGGCUCAACCUACUCUGGCCACUACACAGCUUCCUGCCUGCACCCCAAGUCUGGCGAAUGGCACGAAUGCAACGACACAAAGGUCUCCGAAGUGAGUGCUUCACGCGUUGUUUCGUCAGAAGCAUAUGUGCUGUUCUAUGAGGCAGCCACACAGUCGUCGCGUCUCUGAGGACACGCCCCCGCAGUGCCUUCUGCCUUCCCGGACAGGUGGCCCACAUGGCGAACGGGCCACCGGGCACGGCCGGGCCACUGGCAGACGCACUGCUCCCUCUGGCAGCCCACUGCCGAGGAGGAGGAUGACAACACAGACAUCGCCCGUCCCACUUCGACGCAGUCAACACCUGCAGCUACUCCACACCGCAGCCGUCAGCGGUCGUGAUGAGCUGCCACCCAUGCCGCAGUUCAUCUGAACAGGUCACACAAAAAUAGCGGGCUCACAUUUGUUAAGCACCGACUGCAAAAAGGCCCACUUCACAUCCUGUGCUGACGGCAUUGGUUCCUGUGCACACCAGCCAGGAGGGAUGGCAGCACUAGCCAACGCUUGUGAUGCGCACUGUCAGCUACCCUGUUCUCUUGGGAAAUGUUGGCCUGCUAUGGACACAUAUGUGCAGCUGCACAAGUGAGACUCGUGAGUGAAUGCCAACUGCCCAUCCUUCUACUGAACUCGUGUCCCUUUGUGACAUAGUGGAGCUUGUGCUCGAAUAUAUGUUGCUUUCGUGUUUUCGGUUACCGAGAUGUUUCAGUUGAACACGUGUGGAGCUCUCUCGAGCUGGUUCUUCACCUAGCUGCAUUGGUGGGCUGAUCUGCCAUGAAGAAAGUUAAGUGAAUGGGGCUGAAAGGAGUCGUACAGGGCAAACACUUCAAAAUGACGGCAUGUUGUUCAUUGUGGUGGGCUGCAUAGAUGAACAUAUUUAUCGUACUGUACAAUAGGCAUCAUGGGUCAGCUCUAGCUGUACAGUAGUGUUCCAAACUAUUUUUAAUGUGCCCCACCUUACAGUUAAUGGACCCUCGCAGACUGCAUGCCUCAGGUUACAAUAGUAAAACAAGAGAAACAAAAGCAGCUUCAUUCUUUUUUCUUCCUUGAAUGGCAUACCUUGAACUCCUCCAUAGGUGGUUCCCUGUAAUAUAAAAAAAAAUGUGAUUGCAUAGUCCUUGCCUGGAAGUAGCUUGCUUUCAACAAUUUCUAUAUAGUUCACAUGACGUUAUCGUGAGUAGCAAGGUGAUGUCUAUAACAUGAUAGCACCUUGGCUGCAGAGAGUAAAAUAUUCUGCCAGUGCUUGAGAACAGGGACUCAAAAUGUUUCUGCAACAUUUGCCAGAAAUCACAAAUUGGGGAGGCCUUCUUUCCUGGCAGUCACACACACAUCAAAAUUAUACCACUGGCGAAAUGGAAACUCUGGGCGUUCAUACCUGUGCUGAUGUCACUGGCCCCCUGUAGCAAUGUUUUGUGCUAUGAGUCACGCUACUUGCGACCGAAAAUUUUGAUCAAACUGCCAGCACCCCUUGGUUCCUUGCAACUUUUUUCGUGGUAGUUUGGCAGUUCUGGGUACACCUACUGCUAUGUACCUUUUCUAUCUGUGGACACGAAGUCAAGACUGCAAUCAAGCUAGUGAAAAUGUGGUGCUUGUGGAUGGUCUAACGAACAAAUCUUGCUUGCAUGACGAAUUCAUUUUUUUUGUACCUUGCACCCUUGCCUCAUUGGAAUUUGUCAUUCUUUUUUCAGGUAAUUUGUGUGUGUGUGUGGGUGUGCACAUGUCAGGCUUUGGUUUGUGCAUUGACGAGUUCACUGCAGCUGCUGUGAAGCUGCCAGUCACAUAGUGUUUCCUGUCAAGCUUGUUGACCUAGCGCAGAUGUGUCGUCCCAUGUGCACAUGCUAGAGCAUUUAUUACACCAUUCUGUGUGAGCAAAUCCUUGAACAGUGCAUUGAGAAAACAGUGUGCUACAAUUAAAUGGUGCCCCCCCCUCUGGAUUAUCCAGCACCAACCUCGUAGUAUAGUUCACUUUCUCUUGUUUUCAAGCAGUGUGCCGAGUGAAUGCAAAGCUUGGAACCGUAACACUUGGUGGUGCAAAGCAUUCUCGAAGAAAGCUACUGUGAUAUGGGUGUGUGUGUCCAAGGUGUGCACUGUAGCCAUCGUCGUGCAAGGACAUCAGCAUUGCAGCCGCAUUGUGAAAGGGCAGCAGGUCAGUGUGUUUGGGCAGCUGAGUUGUGUAUGCAUCUGGGGUGCUAUUCUCGGUAGCAUGAACAAAGAACAUGAGAGCAACAAGGGUGACCCAGGUUAUCUCACAUCAUACAUGGAGUGCUGCUAUCUGCACGCAUGUAUGUGGCUCAGACAUCGCUGGGUCUGAAAGUGCCGAGGGCUUUCCCCCUUGACAUUAAUAGGUGCACUCUUAUUUUCAGUCCCCCAGCUAAAGCAACGGAAGUCUUGCAGUUCGAUGGCAUUGCAGAGUGAAAGAGAAACUGCAGAUGUAAUUGACUGCUUAUUGAAAUGCUAUAUAUAUAUAAAUAUAUAUAUAUAACCACACGUUUGUAUAUAAGCAUGUUUAUUCUCAAAGUAUGUCCUAUUUAAGAAAAGAAGCUGAAGUUCUCAGUGCAGAGGGUCAAGAGAGAGUACUCCCUCUUGCUCUUGUUUUUGUUGAAAUUAUUUUUUGUGUUUUUGAGUGCAGGAUGUGUUGGUGUCAGCCAACUUGGCACUCUGCUGGUAAACUCUUGAGCACGGCCUGCUAUAGCGGCUUUAAUUAGUGUUCACAGCAAGUGCAGGCUUUUGUUGUUUCAAGCAAAGUUCUAGCGUGGCAUCUGCCAACCUUUUGCUAUUUAGGGGUGCCAAUGUUGUUUUUAAGUGUGUUGCGAGUGAAGAUAUAUGAGUUUUAUUUUUCUUUAGAAGGUGCGUCCAUUAGAUCUUAGAACUUUAUCACCUUUUAACACUGUUUUCAUAUGUGGUUGCUUUAAAGCAGUAGUCUUUUUUUCUUCUUCUUUCUGUGAUGGCAUUUUUUCUUCCCUGAUGCCUUAGCAUAUUGUUGAGUGAAAAUGUCUGGCUUCAUGAGUGCUUACUUGCCAUUAUGUGAACACUACAGAUGCUUUUGGAAUCUCUGCACUGCAAUGCACGACUUAAUUGAAAUUCCAAAAUUAGAGUCGGCAUUUUCCAGCUAGUUACAAACAAUCGGUACCUGUCCUACAAUAGUGAAGGCAAGCACUCUUUGAUAUGCCACACGUGUAAAACAGUCUUUUGUACAUACACCACAGCAACAGUAAAUGCAACCUGCCAGGUCUACAUGAAAAGACUAUCUGAAAUGCACUGUUUGCAUUUUUUUGAGAGAAAUAUAAUACUGUUGGCAGUAAGUAAGGUCUCACCUGUUGUUCUAAUCGCUCAGACCAAGCACUGCUGAAUUAUGACUGUACUGUUGCAUUGAAAAGAGAGAGAAGGAAAACAGUGAGCAGGCUGUGAACAUGGUCAGGAAGGUACAGAUUGCGAUCUCUUCAGAAGAUCUUCAUCACAUGUGCAUCAGAGGGCUACGUGGAGUGUUGGUCAGUUUACAAGUCCUAAGCAGAAUGUUUAAUAGCACAUAAAUAUGGACCCUUGGCCUGCUCUAAGCAAAUUCUAAAUAAAUACCCAUUGAUGUAGAUGUUUUUCCCUACACGUAAUUUGUUUAUUUAGAAUUCAUGAAGAAACACAUUCUCUUGUUGGCUUCGCCCAAUUUGUAUAACGUUGAUAAUGUGCAAGGGCGAGUCUUGCGUUGCACAGAAAGCGCAUAUUGACAUUCGUACAUGCAUUCACUUAUAGAAGUAUCUGAAAUUUUCAGGAUUGCUUGCUUGGUUUACAGGCCAAAGGUGUAGCAGACAUGCUAUAGCCGGCUCUCUUUUUGUUUCCUGAAGUCAAGUGCUUCUGUAGCUCUGUGUAAAAUGUGAAAGCCACAAAUCACUUCUGUUUGUCAUAUAGAAAUCACCUUCUUGGUGGAGUGCAUGCAAAUGCACGCUGCGUAUAGAAGCAACACUCAUGUGAAGCACAUGCAUGUUCGAAGUUUAAAGCAUCCUUUGUGAAAUAAACAGUGUUAGGCUUUUGGC